AUGCCGGUCGAGGCCCAAGCCGGCCCCUCUGCGCCUCGGCGCACGGGCACCAAGAACCUCUUCGGAGAUGGCGGUUGGCUCGCUGAUACCAGCUCCUCCGCGCAGCAGACCCCAGCUCAAAAGAAGCUGGAGAAGAUCGCCGGUCCCAGGAGGAGCCCGAACAAGCCCAAGUCCCGCUUCCUUGGCGGCUUCAUGAAGAAAGCUCGCGGGAUCGUCGAAUCACCCUCUCGCACCUUCGGCCCCCCGCUUCGCCGCUCGCCAGCUUCGAUGCCACAGCCGCCUCGCAGUGGUGAAGAACCUCCCACCCCGCCACCCCACAUCCCUCGCCAGUCUCAGCUCGUCAUCUCCCUCAGCCCUCGCGAGCAAUCCCUUAUUUACUGUGAGCUCGACUUCGCCAUCGCCGACGCUCUCAACGACUACAUCAUGUCGCAGUUCAACCUCGGCCGAGUUGAUCAUGCCACUAUCAAGAAGACCGCCGACGAGUGGGCCAAGAAGGGUUUACCCAAAGUCAAGGGCUUCCGCUACGACGUCGACACCCAGUUGUCCAUCCUCCGCGCCCAUAUCGAGCAGUUCAAGUUCUACGGUCAGGCCGCCACGACCGUCCCGUCCAUGCUCGGCAUCAUCGACACCAUGAGGACCACGGCCCGCGAGAUGCGUCUCCGCACUUACUGCGUUCCUGAUGUGGUGAUUAGCAAGUGGCUCUAG